AUGGCUUCCCCGAGUCCUUGGGAUGCCUACUCGCAACAUACAGGACUCCCCGCAUCUUUGGAGUCCUACCCUCAUCAUUUCUCCUCAUCAGACAUGCGUGGUCUCACUGGAGGCUCAUCUGCUGGUAUGAGCGGCCUACCAGGAGACUUGACACCUGUCAGCCUGAACCUGACCUCACCUUAUGCUUCGUAUGCUCAGUCUUAUCCUGGGAUGUCAGACCUGAGUUUUGCUAGCUCAUCUCUGAGACCAAGCUCUGCUGCCCACUCCUCAGGAUCUGCUCCAGAUAAUCUGCCGGCCUCAUCACCUCAUGGUCAGUACUCGAGUACGCCCACCUCAGAAAAUCAGUCAUCCUCCCCAUCGUUCCCAAAUUCUACCUCGAUGUAUACUUCCAGUACCGCCACGAGCAGUAUUUCAUCCAGUCCCUAUGCACAAGCUUUUGGGGGAUCCUCCAGCUCAGCAGAAGCAGCUGCACGAGGACCUUUCUCUUUUGCCCAGUCUUAUGGCUACCCCGUGUAUGGAUACAAUCACAUGGGUGGCUUCCCAGGCUCAGGUUCAAUGGAAGGUGUCAAUCGCUAUAUGGGAGGCAUUUCAUCCUCAGCACUGAUGCAGCCAGCAGCUAUGGGCCUUUACUCAAACAGCCAACCAGGCCAGAUGCCGUUUUCCUAUCAUUCUGCAAUGGGAUGGGGUUCACCUAUUCCAGGCUUCCAACUGAAAGAAGGAUCAGAUCUGAUGGCACAAGAUGAACUGGAACGUUACAGAUACCGUCAGUUGUCUAACCAGUACUUUUCAGGGCUCCAACCAAGUGGAUCUCCAGUUCGCAAUUUUCCACCUCAUCCAUUGCAACAAAGUAUGAUACGAACUCCUCCUUACAUGGAUGACAGGACUCACAGCCCACCACCAAAGAAACUAAAGAAAUCCACGGAGGAUUCAGAAAGGCCUCCCACACCUUCACCGAGAGAUCCUUCUGCUUUCCAUUCUAACAGGGGUAUAUACUUAUUCAAUUCUGAUGCUGAGCCAGGUUCGCCUAAGUUCUUCAGUGACAGAUAUGUCCUCUUUGAGAAAGAAUUGUGUAAAAAGCUAUCUCGGGUCAGUCUGCCUGGCAAAAUUCAGUACGUGUACAAUCCACUGGAGUAUGCUUUUGAGUCGCAUCUAAAUUUUGUGAGAAAGUUCUGCGCUGGAGAGAAGUAUAUUUUGUUUGUGGGUAUGAAUCCUGGACCAUUCGGGAUGUCCCAGAAUGGCGUCCCCUUUGGAGAGUGUGCUGUGGUGAAGGAGUGGAUGCAUAUUGAAGGCGAAGUCCAGAAGCCAGUCUUGGAGCAUCCCAAGCGACGGGUUGUUGGGCUGGAGUGCUCCAGGUCAGAAGUCACUGGGGGGCGAUUCUGGCAACUGUUCCGAACUUUAUGUCACACUCCUGAGCAUUUCUUCAGAACCAGCUUUGUGCACAGCCUGUGCCCCUUUGCCUUUCUGACUGACACCGGCAAAAAUGUCACACCUCCCCAGUUAGUGUCCUCCGUGCUGGAUCAGAUCAAUGCAUUGUGUAACGAGACUUUGGUGGAGGUGGUGAGACUUCUCAAGAGCAAAUACGUCAUAUGUGUGGGAAAGUACGCUCUGGCCCAGGCUCAGAAAGCCUUGGCAGGGGAUGAGUUCAGUGGAAUCAUCUUAGAAUGCUUGAUGCAUCCAAGUCCCAUCAACCCAGCAACCAACAAAGGGUGGACAGAUAUUGCUUUGAAGCAGUUGACAGAGAUGGGAAUUGUGGAUGUUAUUAGGUAUGGAAGGAUCCCAUAUCAAGCUCCCAAUCAGUCACCUGCACCUCAGUCAUCUAAUCCUUCAGCACCUUCAUUACCAUUAAACCAGCAUUCCCAGUCUCAGCAUCCUUAUAAAAACAAGAAAUCUCCAGGGUGUUAUGACUUCCAAGCUCCGCCAGGGCAGUCGUAUCAUCAGUCAGCUCAGGGCUCUGCCAGUCACCAAUCACCAGUCCACGCACUGAACCAAUCACCAGCUCAUGGGUCAUCACGGAGCCAGUCGUCGCCGGCCCAUGCUUCGUUUCAUGGGCAGUCGUCACCAGGACAGUCUUCUUGUAGUCAGUCCCCUGCUCUGCAGACAGCUCCUACCAACCAGUCUCCCAGCCUGACCUCAGGAAGCAGCUGUUCUGUUUUACAACAGGGAUCAGGGAAUCCACAGGCGGAUAACAACCAGCGGUCCAGCAGCGAACCACUCAGUGCUGAAAGGGUCAGCUCUAACAACCCACCCAUUUUAGAGUCCUCGGCUCUGACCUCUGACAUGUCUCAGGAAAGUAAGAUUGUUUCAGAUCUUGAUACUAAUGGCAUUCCAACUUUUUCAAGCCCCCCUGAUGACCUUGACAAUAGUCUGGAAAAUUCCCACAGUGACUCUGGGUCACCGGGGUCGGAUAUUUCAAAGGCAGAUUCUCCAGAUGUUCCCUAUCCUUCAGGAAACUUACCAAUGAAUCUGUCAGAACGCCAGCUCUCCGCACAUAAUUCAUGUAUGUCUGAGGCCGCCAAUGCCCGCAUGUCUAAUGGCAUCCAGAUGACCGCAUCAGAUCAGGCGCACCUCAACAUGCGCUCAGGGCAUUCCCACAUGGGCAUGAGACUGCCAAUGUCUGAUUCACCGGGUCUUCAACAAACUGGCCCAUCAGAGCAACACUUGCGCUUGAAUGAGCAGAUUGGCUCCCCGCACAUGAGAACCCAAGACUCCCGCAUGGUGUCCCACGGCUCCCACAUGGGGUCUGCUGCAGGAAGCCACAUGCAAAUGGAAAUGGGAGCACAUGGCCUUGGCAUGCAUGGCCACAUGGGCUCGUUAAACCCGUACAGCCACAUGGAAAUGGGACAGAUGGGUGGGUUUGGAUCAAACAUGGCUGCCAGUAAUUACUCGGCCAACUCCGGCAUGAGACCCGGCUCAGAUGUUCCGGGAUAUGGUCAUCACAUGGGUUUAUAUAACCCGGGGAUGGAUAUGUCAAUGUCUGGCAUGCAUGCUGCUCGGCAGAUGGAGAUGUACAACCAGCACAUGAGUUCAAUGAUGGGUGUGCAGCAGGAGAACCUGCCCAUGCAUCCCGGCAUGAGCGCCAUGUAUGACAGCCAGAUGGGCAAGGAGAUGUCCUACAGCAAUCAUUUCUUGGACAAGCCUCCAGAGUGUAGUUAG